AACUCAACAGAGUGAAGGUGUGUGUGGGGGCUGACAUUACGUUGCGGUGUUGCAAUCGGAAGUCGCUGAUUCCGGCUAAAGCAGCGGGAUUUGCGUCUGUUCGUGGUGCUUAACGGCGUGAACAGGACAAUGAGCUGCAACCAAAAUUUUGUUGUCCUGUCCUGUGGGGUCGUUGGCUGAGGACCGAUAGCUCCCUCUCACACCAACGCAUAAAAAAUGACCGCUGGAAGAGCAUGGAGCAGUGGUGUAACACAUACAGAGUAGGGCUCGGAUUGAGAGCUUGUUCGGAUCAUACCCAGGUCAGCGAUUAGGAAGUUCUGUUCGGACGAUCUUCCAGUGUCGAUACCCUAUUCCUGAUGGCCUGAACGACGAGCUGCGAUAGUUUUAUGAGUACUCGCUCGGUUGUGUUUACCGAUCCCGCGAAGCAAUCGACAGUGACGAGAUAGAUUGGAGGACUGUAACCGCCAAGCCUGCUUCCAGAUUUGCCAUUCAUGUGACCUGUUCUCAGUGUGAAGUUAUUCAACCCUGAGCUGCGUGUAAACAACAAUUUUGUGAAUACUAACAUGUCUAAAGUUGCUUGCUUGAGAAGGGAAAGUCGAUCGCUGGCUGGAGAGAUCCUCUUGGUGGUUGGGCUCACAGUUGCAAUUUCCUGCACGCGCUGUACUGCUGCCAGCACGUUUGGAUCCUGGACGUGUACACAAACUGCUGCGGGCAGAUCGCCAUCUCUCAUCAGCAGAGGGGACUUCUCAUCGCUGACCUUCAUGCCGUUUCUGUCACCAUUCGUUUCGCAGGAGGAAUGCUUCGCACAGCGCUACCUUGGCGACGUGGAGUGUGUCUACACUGUCUCAGCACCUGUGGGUCACGUGAUCUACGGCGAGUUCAUCAGCUUCCGACUGGAUACUGACUGUGCGAAGGACUUUGUCCGUGUGCAGCAGCUGGACAUACCCCUCAGCGGCGAGGUGGCGACUGACAUGACAUUCUGUGGCACGAAGACUGGCCAGUACUUCGCUGUAGUGGGUCAAGAUCUGAUUAUGCGCUUCAAGACUGACCCAUUUCACAGCUGCGAGGGGUUCUCAGGAUUCUUCACUGUCUUCAAACCAUCUAUCCUGCUGGGCCGAUCAAAUUGGCUCUACUCAGCUAGUUCUAAUUCUAACUCUAAUUCGUUCAGUGACAACUUGGUCAACGGUGCCACAUAUGACCCAGCGCUUUACGCAGACUCCAAGACAUUGUCCAAGGCCACCAGGUCUUAUGGCUUCCUGUUGCUGUCACUCAACCGCGCUCGGAUUAACCGUGUCCUAUCUUUGCAAAACUACUGUGAUGCAUUGAGACGGGCGUGUGCUGGGCUGUUUGGCAUCGCCGGCGCUUGCAUUGAGAGAUCCUGUUAUCAACUGGAACCGCUUCGCCGCAAAAGAAACCUAUCAGCUCUAUCAACUCGCUAUAUCUCCCAACUUGAGAGUAUUGGCAACGCAAGCAGUAUCCCCUCUGUGCGACGUAUGCGACGAAGUACAAAGUGCACGUGCCGAUAUUGAUGCCAGCUGACAUUGAUUCUGCAAUAUAUUUGUUUCCCAGAAACCUGGAACGUUUUCGGCCGACCCGCAUAGUAAUAGUUAAUUUUGCAUCUCAGCUACUGGUGUCUCGUAAAUCAAAAUUGCCAAUCCGAGGCUACCUAUUCACUGAGCCAGGCAUCAAAUGUAAUGAAGCAUCCGGGAUAGUACCUAAGUCUUUGCAAUGCUGUAUGCUUGAACACUGCAUGCAACCUCCCGUGAUCAUGUGACAUAAGCCUAGGCUGACUGGCAGACUGUGUACUUCUUUACCGUAUUGAGACUGUAACAUAAUAAAAGUGUCAUUAUGAUCCUUUCAAACUCUUUCAUCAUGUAGCCAGGCCACCAUAAUCAUAGUGACAGAAAUAAAUAAGUUAUUAUCCCGCAACUGUAAGAUGCCUUCAUCGGGUUAUCCAUGAUCUGCAUCAUGGGUCGAGCAGCAGUUUUUUACUUUUUAGCUUCGGAGAACUUUCGGCCUCAGUGUCAUCAUGUUUCACUGAUUUCAUGAACACUUCAUUGGCCUGCUUCACAAUGAAGUCUUGGACCAGA